AAAUCCAGCUUUCAGCUUCAGCAGUCUGAUCCGUCUUGCUCGCCAAGCUGCACCCUGUUCAGUCUUACUACAGUGUGUCUCCUGUUCUGUUCUCGAUCCACCCCAGACGGUCUGCCAUCCCUCGCCCCGCGCCAUGCAGCCCACGGUGCUGGUGUCUGUCCUACUGCUGCUCGUCUGUCUGGGCUCGGUGCAACCUACUGCCUCCAGUGUCAGUCCACCAACUCACAACGUCUCCCUGAGCUCUGUCCUGAGCCGGUCGGCCGCCAUUCUCGGCCAGGCGGCUCAGUCCGCCCUGCUGGCCCUCACCGACGGACUGGACAGCCUGCUGGAGGAAGUUCAGACGCAGCUGGACGGCAGGGUGGCAGCCUCUCAGGCGGAGCUAGUCAGCCGGAUAGACUCCAUGAAGACGGAGCUAGAUGGCCGUAUAGACUCCCUGAAGAUUGAGCUAGACGGCCGGACAGACAACCUGGAUACGAAGCUGUCUGACCGUCUCUCUGAGCUGUCUGGCCGUCUCUCCGAGCUAUCCGGCCGUUUGGACGAGAUCAGCGCUGGUCGUACCACCGGAGUCCGCCUGCCGCGCGACUGCAGUGACCUGGAGAGCGGCUCUGUGAGCGGUGUUCACCUGCUACAGCCCGGCCUGGAGCCCUCCCAGAGGCCGGUGGCCGCCUACUGCGAGCUGCCGGCCGACGGCGGCGGCUGGACCGUCAUCCAGCGGCGCGCCGACAUCUCCCCGCGGGAGGACUUUUUCCGCGGCUGGGCCGCCUACCGGGAGGGGUUCGGCGAGCUGGACGCCGAGUUCUGGUGGGGCCUGCAGCACGUGCGGGCGAUCACCGCCGCCAGAGACCGGCGCUACGAGCUCCGUGUCGGCCUGGAGGACUUUGACGGCGCUCGGCGACACGCCGUGUACCAGGGCUUCCGCAUCUCCUCUGAGGAGGACGGCUACCGGCUGCGGGCGGUCAACUACACGGGCACCGCCGGCGACAGCAUCGGAGGACACUCCGGCAUGAAGUUCUCGACGGUGGACCGCGACCAGGACUCGCACAGCGCUGGUAACUGCGCCCGGAACCACAAAGCCGGCUGGUGGUUCAGCGCUUGUCAUUCAUCAAACCUCAACGGCCCUUACCUGGCCGGACAGCACGAUAGUUCUGCAGACGGUGUAAACUGGCAAGCGUGGAGGGGCUACCACUACUCUCUGAAAACAGUGACCAUGAAAAUUAGACCCACCAAAAAACUGUAAUAGAGGUAGAACUCUGAAACAGCUCCAAUCUCUCCUCGAAUAACUAUUGCUUCAUCUUGGUGCCGCUUUUGCAGUGACAUGGCCUCUCCGAGGUGUCAGGUGGCUCAAUCAGGGGCACGAAACCCGCGGGUGCCAACACUGCCAAGAGAAUAGAUAGCAGCUGUCCUGGCUUGGCAUGGUAGUUGUCAGUUGGGGUCAUAUAUUUGUGUCGCUUUGCUUGAUUUCUGUGCUGGUUUAUUCUGAAUCUUUUGUUUCAUCGCUGUCGCCAGUGUAGCGUCAGGUCGACGUUCGUCUGUGAUUUGCAUGUUGAAUAAACAUUGUUUAAAAAAAAUCGAACAGAAAUAUAAAGCAGACAUGUAUGAAAUAAUUGCUGCAGACAUGUUGCGAGAGAAUGAUCAUGCCACAGACUUCUCUUAUAUGAAAGUCUGUGAUUAAACUUAUUGUGGAAUUAAUCAAUACUGCGAGGAACGAAGAUAUUAGGACUACAGUCAGCAGGCUUGCCCGAAGUAACGUUGCUUAAAAUGAGAGUAAAUAGGUCUCACGACCAAUUUAGGUACUCUUUAAGUAGCUUUAAGCCGUAAACGUUAAAAA